UCUAAAUUUAUUCACAAUGUUUGCACAUGCGGAAGAUUUCUCUAUAAGAAGCGGCGACUUCACUGACAGUUCGUCGGCCAGCACCAUGUACAGUAUUAGCCCUGAGCUAGCACUGGAAUCAGCCUUUUGCGAAAAUAAUAAUAUCAUAGACGAAGAAACGCCAUGGAAUGAGGAGCUUAGUGCGCAUUACAAACGUAGCUCUGCCUACUAUACCAUGCGAGAGAACGCGCCUAGUCUUCUGAGAGAUUUAGUUCAGUGGUUGAAACAAAACGAGAAGCCCCUAAUGAAGAGAUACGGCGAUUAUGCACGGUAUGACUUGCGUCGUAUUUUGUGGUCUUUAGAUAUUCUACGAGACGAUUUGACUAAUAACAAGCCCUUUAAAUUAUUCCACGGCAAAGAGCCUGAUACAGAGAACUGGAACAAAUUCCUGAGCAGCUUGCCGGAUGACCGCAAUCAGUGGUUCACAUCUGUGUGGUUGCACGCCCAGUGCUAUCUGUACCGUCGCAUCUCGACCAUUUUUAAGCGCACGGAAACAUUGUGCCAUUUCGAUUACUUCAGUCAUAGCAAGAUGACGGCCACCCGGCAGCUGGUCUACGUGAUGCUGGGGAUUCUGAAGGCAACCAGAAAUAUGGACUUUAGUCACAAUGACUUUGAGGUGCUAUUGAAGCUUUCUGUGUGGGGAAAUCGCUGUGAUCUGAGCAUUCAACAUAACCCACCUGAAGAUAACAUUAUGACAAGAAUAAGUGGGUUUGAUUCCGAUUUGUUAUUGGAUCAGUCCGAUGAUAUUCUGCGUGUGCUGAAAGAGGCCCGGUCACCGGUCUUUGUCGAUAUCGUGUGCGAUAAUGCCGGCUAUGAACUCUUCACAGACCUGAUAUUGGGGGAGUAUCUGUUCGAGGCGGGUCUGGCCCGGCAGGUGCGCUAUCAUGUCAAGGCGAUUCCUUCAUUCGUCUCGGAUGCAACCGUCAACGACUUUCGCUGGACAUUACGAUACCUCCGCACUCAUGCAAUUUCGGAAUUAGCCGCUUUUGGUAAUAAAAUCCAUGGAUUUAUGAAGGACAAGUUUUUCGUACUUAGCGAUCUGAGUCACUUCUGGACGAGCCCACAUUCCUGUUCUUCCAUGCGUAAAGUACUGCCAUGUUUAUAUGUCAGGCUCAGUCAAUCUGCUUUGGUUAUAUUUAAAGGCGAUGAGCACUUCCGCCGCCUUUUGGGUGAUAUAAAUCCGCAUCCAGCCGAGUCAUUUGUUAAGUGUUUGAAAGGAUUUUUGCCCACUAGUAUUUGCUCACUGCGUGUCAUCAAAUCGAACAUAUUUUGUGGAAUGCAGGAUUACACAAUGAGUUUUAUAAGGGAAGAGGACUCUAGGUGGAUGUUGACUGGAGAAAAGGCAGUAAUACAAUUGGCAGAGAAGAUCUCACCGUAGUUGGGCACGCAUUGAAAAAAGGGACACAAAAUAAUAUUGUGGUAAAAAUUCAUA